GGAAGAUAUAAAGAUGACGGAGCAAGGGGCCGACAGUAAUGGCACUUGCAACAUCUAUGACUUCGCCUGCAAAUCCGGGCAAACGUUAAUGUCCUGCACUGAAAUUAACCCUCGCACUCUGGAUAUGGCCAUUCUCAGCACCUCCAUCGUGAUCGGUGGAACUAUACUAUUCCUGAAUCUAGUCAUUCUGUGGACGGCUCGAAAGAAGCACUGCAGAACCCCGAUUAACGGUUUGGUCUACGGCCUCUGUGUGGAGGAUCUAUUGACAGCCCUCAUUAUCAUUCCUUUAUUCAUCGCUUCUUUUAAGUCAGAUCAAAUAUUCCUGAGUCCGUUGUGUAAUCUGUACGGGCUGUCAGUGGUGUUUGUGAGCAUGGCCUCUGGAUCUACAGUCUGUCUUAUCAGCAUCCUCCAGACAUAUGCUUAUUUGAGACCCCUGGCUUUCAGAUGUCACAUCAGAACCUAUACAGUCAGGAUAUCUUCCUUUGUAAGGUACAUGCUGAUGUUUGUGUUUGUCUUACCUUGUAUGGUGAAGCAGGACUUCUUCUUCCAGUACGACACCUCCGGACACAUGUGUACCUGGAACUUUAACGGUCAUAUCGACGCGUCAGGCUUUAACUACAUCCAGUUUGCAACUUGGUUCUAUCCUCUGUUCGGAACGUUACAGAUAGUCCUCAUGGUCGGAUCUGUUACUGUCGCCUCCGUCCUCGUUAUCAAGGCUAGAUAUAUACUGAAGAAGCAUGGUCAGCAACAAGGAAAGAAGAAGGGGAUGAAGGGGAAGAAGCGCGGGAAGGCUCCUAAUCUUGCUGAGGGUAUACUGCUCAGUCUCUCUUAUCUUGUGGGUGUCACCUUCCUUAUACUAACUCAGAUAAAUGACUACUUACUGCCGAAGAGCGCUCAGAUAAACUUCAUGACAACAUGCAGUGAGUGGAAUAUAUUCAAAACAUCCGCCAUAUUCCUGACCUCUCUUCUCAAUCAGUUUGCUAUUGGUCUCAAGAAUAGGAGGAUACGGACACAGUUAAUACGCGAUCUAAGGAAGAGUGUAAUAAGAAGGUACGGCGUAGUGAGGAGACGAAUAUCUAGAUCAGACUAUAUCGUGAGCACGUUCAGGUUACGUUCCGAAACCAGACUCUCAGAGAUCACAUCGCAAGUGCAACGGAACGACACCUUCGCUUGAGCCAUAAAAGCCGAGUGUAUAAGAUUAUUUGCGAUAUAAUCGUCCUCAACGUGAGAUCAAUAAAAGACAUUUACAAUUCAGUAACGUUUACAGUUUAAUACGAGCAGUAUUUAUUAUUGUGAAUCCAAUGGAUUUUAAAUUUCAGUGACUUUUGCGUCUAUUUAGGGGCUAUCUACUUAGGACGUCCGCCAAAAUCGCAGAUUUUCAUACCACCCCCUUCCCCUGUCCGAGUGUGUCCGAAUUUUCAAUACCACCUCCCUCCCCCGGACGUCUGGAUUUCCAGCUACUUUUAAGAGUACACAUAAAACCAACUCAAAUUCAUUGUUAAUAAAAUUCAAAGACUUGAAAUAAAAUUCAAAGAGUUGAAAUAAAUGGGACUUUUUCGUUAAUUCUGCCAAAAUUUCCGGACGUCCGGAUUUUCAGAAACCCCCCUCCCCUGUCCGGAUUUUUCCGAAAUUCCAAAACCACCCCCUCCCGAUUUGCCAAUUGCCGGACGUCCUAAGUACAUAGAUGGCCCCUUAAGGCCUGACCUUGAUCGGGAAGGAUUUUAAUUUUUUUGCUGUGACCGUGGUGAUGUAUUUCUUUGACUCUUUCUUUUUAUCUAUUUAUUA